UCAUCAAUUGUACGCUUGUCGCCGUCUUUUGCGCACAUCCACUAGCGUUUAUCCGUGGCCAUGUAUCAGCAAUACCGCUGUCGCAUCAUUCAGAAAAGCAACUCGCACCGGCACACAGAAGGGAUUGACGCAUACGGAAAAGCAAAGGGAUGUGCCACUUGGCCAUGCAGCUGCCAGACGAAACAAACAAAUCGGAAGCAGGCACUCCAUCCCGACGUCGACUUGUGCGUGUGUGCACGCAGCAACGUUGUCACAGCUGUGUCGAGGGCAGGGAGGGCAGGCAACACUUGCCCUUGUGUCUGAGUUGCUUCACCGCCUUCCGGAAUGAUGCAAGUCGCUUUUCCUGGUCAAACUCCCACUCGAGUCUCGUCUGCCAUGAGCACAGGCAGCAGACGAAGCAGGCAGGCAGGCAGACAGGCACAAGAGACAAAACGAGGAUAAGGUGACGCCGUGAUUUCAGGGUGCACUGCACGUACUGUACUCACCACGGGGGUCUCCACGCACUCGAGGGCCGAACUGCCGCAGUCACCUUUGUCGAUGUUGCACUCUGCAGCCAUGCAACACCCGCGCAUAGAUGCACAUAUGACCACCGCAGCCGUGUCUCUCACCUUUGCCCAGGUUGUCUGUAAUUCGCUUGAGCCUCUUCUUCUUCUUCUCUUCGGCCUUCCUCCGCGCCUUGUCGCCUUCGAUCUCGUCCAGGUCAAUCUCGUCCAGUUUUUCAAUGAAGGUGUAGCAGUCGGGCAGCUCAAGAUCCUCGCUCACACGCACAUUAAAAAGGCCACUAAAGCCCUUGCUCGUCGCGAUAAUGUCGGCGGCCUCCUUGCUGUUCAACACUUCCUCGUGCUCCUCGUUUUGUGCCUCCAAUUGCUCCGUGAGGCCUGCGAGGUAUUCAUCUUCAAUGUGCUUCUUUGCCGCUUCCAGCCUCGCUUUCUGCAGAGACACACAAAAACAGUACCGGUAAGAGAAGGGGGAAGGCGUUGCAAUGCAUCCACGGUCACUUACGUAGGCCUCCAUGUCGUCAAGUUCUUUCUUGAGUGUAUCCUGCUCUGCCUUGACGCGUUGCUCAGACGCAGAGGUCUCGUCGUUGUGGAGGGCCAGUGCCAUCGCUGCUUGAGCCACGCUGUCCUGCGCUUGCUUCUGCAUCUGGUUCACGUGGCUCUCGACAAGCGCAGGAUCGACCUGCAUUCAAUGAUUGAUUGACCAGUCAUGUGCAAAUGCACCUUAGCUGUUUGUUCCUUGAUUACAUGCUCGAAGGGAAGGGGAGACGCCGGAUAGACCUCGAUGUUUCGCAGUCGUUUUUGGUGCGGGAUGGCGUUCUCGAGCAGCCAUUGUUUGUCCCGCAGAUCAGCGGCUCGCUGCCAGGCCAUCCACCAGUGACAAAAUGCUGAUUCCAGUGUAUUUUCUGACCUUGAGGUUCUCUUUUUCAUGGUGGGACAGUUCGUGUUUGAGUUCCUGGAUCUUGAAUGCUGCCUUGGAUGUCCGUUUCUGGAUCCGAAGCAUUACACGCUUUGCCUUCUUCUGCUCGGCAUCCAGCCGCUGCAUAUUUAUCACCCAAACAUCAGAGAGGUUCGUGGUAAGAUGAGGGAAUGAAGGCACAGUGCAUUCAUUCACGCGGCGCGUGUUUUCCUACUUGCAUGCUCGCUCGGAGGAGCCUUGAUUGGGUGUCGAGGGACUGAUGUGGCAGGCUCCAGGCUUCUCGUCGUUGCAGACGGUCUUUAGCCACUGGGGCGCAUUGCAAUCGCCCAAGGUGAGCCCCGCGUCGAUGAAAC